AUAGCUUAUGCAUCAAUAAUGUUAAUGAUAAAUGCAAAUUAGUAUAAAAUUAGCAAGUUGUUGCCUUUAGAUUCAGAAGUUAGUAACUUUAAUCUCUUCUUCUUCUGAGUGUUAAUAACACUUCAAUGAUUCUUUGUUUGACUUCUGAGAAAGUUGAAGAUCGAAAAGAGAGCAAAAAAAACAAAGAUUGAAGUGAACUAUAAUGACACUUCACUGAGGACCCUUUGAUUUCUUUUCAUGAAACUGAGAAUUCGGGUGAUUGAAGUUUCAAUUUUGGAGAAAAUGAUGAUUGAAGUGAUUUUGGGGUUAUCUCAGUUUUGACAAGUUAACAUGUUUCAAUAUUUUCAUGAGUUGUGUCAUAUGGGAAACAGGAGAUUGCUUUGUCUGUUGGCAGCACUUGGUGUUAAUUAUUUACUGUUUCAGUCAAUUUUGGUUCCAUAUGGAAAUGGAAGAGUUCCUUGGUCUUCUGAUUCUUCUGGUUUCAAUACUAUGAUGGAGAAUGUGAAUAUUCCCAUUAUUGAAGAUGAAGGAAUGCACAACGAUUCAAAGAGUAGUUUAGUCUUUGAUGAUGUUUCUAAAAUUGAGGUAGAUAGAAAUGAUUUUCACUAUGUUGGUAAAAACAACAGCCUGGAGUUGGAUAAUGUAGGUUCCAAGAAAAGUUUUAUGGAGAUUUUGUCCAAGGAGAGUAAGGUGGACUUUUCGGUGAAGCGAUUCUCGGAGACAAAAAGGGGGAUUUCAGCAAUUUCUCAGUUGGUUCAAACUACAAAUGUUGAUUCAAGAGAAUAUGAUAGAGUUGGUUCUGGUACCUCGCAGAUUACAAUUUCGUCGACUAAUUUGACUCAUCAAGAAAAUUCUCCGAAAAUUAAUCUUUUUGCCUCGGAUAAAAUUAAAGCAGUGAAUGUUACUAGGAGAAAGCCGAAGUGCAAUAUGCCACCUAAGUCAAGAAUGUUAAUACAGGAGAUGAACCAUUUGCUACAGCGCCGUCGGGCUUCAUCUCGUGCAACGAGACCAAGGUGGUCAUCCAAACUCGAUAUGGAAAUUCUUGCUGCAAGGUCGGAGAUCGAGCACGCUCCUAUGGUAACACAUGACAAGGAACUUUAUGCUCCUCUUUUUCGCAAUCAUUCUAUGUUCAAAAGGAGCUAUGAACUGAUGGAACGCACGCUAAAAGUGUAUAUAUAUAAGGAAGGAAAAAAACCGAUCUUUCAUCAACCUAUACUUAAGGGACUAUAUGCGUCUGAGGGUUGGUUUAUGAUGUUGAUGGAGGAAAAUAAGCAAUUCGUUGUGAAGGAUCCUGCAAAGGCUCACCUAUUCUAUAUGCCAUUUAGUUCACGUAUGUUAGAGUUUUCUGUUUAUGUACGUAACUCUCAUAACCGGACAAAUCUCCGUCGGUAUUUGAAUGAUUAUACAGAUAUCAUUUCUGCAAAAUAUCGUUACUUUAACCGAACUGGUGGUGCUGACCAUUUUCUUGUUGCUUGCCAUGAUUGGGCUCCGUACGAAACAAGGCAUCAUAUGGAAUACUGCAUAAAAGCCCUAUGUAAUUCUGAUGUAACUCAAGGCUUUAAAAUAGGAAGAGACGUUUCUCUUCCAGAAACUAUGGUCCGGUCGGUACGAAAUCCUCAAAGAGAUAUAGGUGGAAAGCCUCCUCAACAAAGAUCCGUUCUUGCCUUCUAUGCUGGAAACAUGCACGGCUAUUUGCGCCCGAUAUUGCUAAAGCACUGGAAGGACAAAGACCCUGAUAUGAAGAUACUCGGCCCAAUGCCGCAUGGUGUUGUACACAAAAUGAGUUACAUCCAACACAUGAAGAGUAGCAAAUACUGCAUAUGCCCCAAGGGAUAUGAAGUCAACAGCCCUCGGGUGGUUGAAGCCAUAUUUUACGAGUGCGUACCUGUGAUCAUCUCCGACAACUUUGUGCCACCGUUUUUCGAGGUUUUAAAUUGGGAUGCGUUCUCAUUAAUCCUCGCGGAGAAAGAUAUUCCAAACUUGAAACAGAUACUUCUUUCGGUUCCUGAAGAGAAGUAUCUUAAGUUACAACUGGGUGUCAGAAGAGUUCAGAAACAUUUUCUUUGGCAUACAAAGCCUUUAAAGUAUGACCUGUUUCACAUGACACUUCACUCAAUUUGGUAUAAUAGAGUGUUUCAAAUAAAUGUGAAAAAAUAAUGGAUAUGAGUAUGAGCCAAUGUGCUUAUGCUUUCUAGCCUACAGCAGAAACAGUCCCUGCAAUGUGUGUAGCUUUCUUGCAGUUUUCAAUAGCCCAAUUUAAAGAUAAACAAUUUGUAAAUAGAUUUUUGUUUUUGAUUAGAGCUUCCGCCCUUAUCUAUAAUCACACGUUUUUUUAGAUC